AUGGGAACUCCUCCUGUGGAGAUCGAAGCUGUCUUAGACACAGGAAGUGAACUCAUAUGGACACAAUGUUUGCCUUGUCUUAACUGCUACAACCAACCCGAUCCACUAUUCGACCCUUCAAAAUCCUCAACCUACAAAGAGAAAAGAUGUGAAUAUGGCCCUGACCAAACUUGUCCUUAUGAUAUGAACUACGCAGACGGAAGCUAUUCCAAAGGAACACUAGCGACCGAGACGGUCACGAUCCAAUCCACUUCAGGCCAACCCUUUGUCAUGCCUAAUACCACCAUUGGAUGUGCUCACAACAGUUCAUGGUUAAGCUUAACCGGUUCAGGCAUUGUUGGUCUAAGUUGGGGACUUUUAUCACUCGUCUCUCAAAUGGGAGAAAACUUCCUAGGUCUUGUCUCUUACUGCUUUUCCGGUAAAGGAACUAGUAAGAUCAACUUUGGAAACAAUGCUAUCGUGGCAGGAGAUGGUGUUGUAGCAGCCAAUAUGUUUAUGAAGCCGGAGAAACAUGGUUUCUGUUACCUAAACCUAGAUGCGAUCAGCGUUGGACAACAUGCAUCUAAAAGUGUAAUAUACGUAUAA